UAGCUAUUUCAGUAGAUUAGCCAUUUAAUUUUUGGCCAAGCAAGCUACCUUUAAAUGUAUCAUUGGUGGGGUUAGGCUUGUGCCUUCUUGUUCUUGGUUUGCCAAACUCAUCCUACUAGCUACAACCAUUCCAUCAAAUGCUACUAUCCUCUUGCUAGUCCGUCUCCAUUCCCAGAGAAGCUGAUGAGAACCACCAUGGCUCAAACCUCUUCUAACAAUGGCGGAAUCAAUCAGGUUUUGGUGGAGGGGACUGGAAAUGUUAGAACGUUCAUAUUAAAUAGGUCAAAGCAGUUGAAUGCACUUUCUUUUCAAAUGAUAUCCCAGCUUAUGGAACUUUUUUAUGCUAGUGAAGAAGAUUCUAAUGUGAAGAUGAUAAUAUUAAAGGGACGGGGAAGGGCUUUUUGUGCGGGUGGUGAUCUUUCACUUGUUUUUUCUCACCAGAGUAACUGGAAAAUUGGUGCUAAUUAUUUCCAAAAGCAGUACACCUUGAACUAUGUAAUGGCAACUUAUAGCAAACCCCAGGUUUCCAUCCUUAAUGGAAUUGUCAUGGGAGGCGGAGCUGGUGUUUCUAUACAUGGUAGAUUUCGAGUUGCAACAGAAAAGUCGGUAUUUGCUAUGCCUGAAACAGCUUUGGGACUCUUUCCUGAUGUAGGUGCCUCUUACUAUUUAUCAAGACUUCCUGGAUUCUUUGGGGAAUAUGCUGGUCUUACCGGUUCUAGGUUGGAUGGAGCUGAAAUGCUUGCUUGUGGUCUUGCAACCCAUUUUGUAUCAUCGGAUAAAUUGCCACCUUUAGAACAAGCACUAGUCAAAGUCAAUACAAGUGAUCCAGAUGCUAUAUCUGCUAUCAUAAGUCACUUUUCCCACAUACCAAAGUUGAAAGAUGAAAGCCCUUAUCACAAGAUGAAGAUUAUUAAUCGCUGUUUCUCUCGAAGGACAAUUGAAGAAAUCAUAUCUACUCUUGAAAGUGAGGCUUUGGACACAAAGGGUGACUGGAUCUCUUCAACCAUUCAAUCGCUGAAGAAAUCAUCUCCUAUAAGUCUUAAAAUUUCCUUGAGAUCAAUAAGAGAAGGGAGGCUGCAAGAUGUUGGUAAUUGCCUUGUCCAUGAGUAUAGGAUGGUUUGUCAUGUGUUGAGGGCAGAAUUUAGCAAGGACCUUUUUGAGGGAUGCAGAGCCAUACUCGUCGACAAGGAUAAAAAUCCUAAGUGGGAGCCCUCCAGACUGGAACUAAUCAGCGAUGAUGAUGUUGAUCGUUACUUCUCCAAGAUAGAUGAUGAAAACUGGGAAGACCUAAAGCUGCCUCCAAGAUCAAACUUGCCUCCAUAUGCAAUUGCCAAGCUUUAAAAUUGAUUUCUGAAGAUCUUGCAAUACUUUACAGCAUGUUGCCCUCUGUUCACUAGGUCAUUAUGAAGGUGUCAGUGAUUAUUAAAACAGUAUUAAUUUUUUUCCAAAGUGGUACACCAAAUAAAUAAGUAUCACCCUCUGUAUGAAAUGUCAAAAAUAAAGCCAAAUGAACGAUAAAUUACUGCGCGAUACUUGCCAGACAGUUGUGUAUACAGAUAUGCAUAUCAUGCCAUUGAAUUAAGAUGUCAAACCUCAAACACAAGGGUAGAUUGUACAAUACUAGAUAAUAAUUUGCCAUAUAAUUUCUAUAUUCAGAGAUAA